AUGGAGGUUGAUGGGUCUCCUUCUCAACGACAGUCCAAUGCACCUGUGACUCUCACCGAGUCUUCCACAACGCAACAGCCAGAAACCCUAGAUCAAUCUAUGGAUAUUGAUUCAGCACCCGAAGCUGGCCCUUCCAAACAGCCUCAGAUGAUCAUACAACAAACGACGACAAUUGAAGAGACAACCGUCAUUACAAAUGAUCUUCCUCAAACUAUCGCUCCAUCGGAACUCACCAAUGGGAUUAUUCAUACUCCCUCUCGACCCCUUAAUGGUCAUCUUCCAACUUCCGCAAGCGGACCUUCCGACCUUUUCUCUAUCUCAACCCCGAAUUUCAAUGUCGUCGAAAGACCCCGAAUCUAUAGAACAGGGUAUAUAUACGAUCCAAUGAUGAUGUUACAUUGCCAAGAAGGAUACGUACCCACAGCAGAAAGCGUAGUUGAUAAUGGACCUGGACAUCCAGAAGAACCAAUGAGGAUAAAAAGAAUCUUCUCAAGACUUGCAGAACAAGGUUUGAUAAAAAGAAUGAAAAGAAUAGAUUUCGGUCAAGUUUCAAUGGAACAGGUUCUAUUAGUCCACGGUGAAGAUUUAUGGUUGAAAGUUCAAGGUACAGAAAAUCUUACCGACGAGUAUAUACAAGAUUCGAAACUCUAUUAUGAACAAUUAUCACUCUACGUAUGUAGAGAGACUGCUCAUUGUGCGAGAUUAUCAUGUGGUGGUGUCAUCCAAGCCUGUAUCUCAGUCUGUGAGAGAGAAGUCAGGAAUGCUUUUGCUAUAGUCAGACCACCAGGACAUCAUGCGGAACCUGAUGAACAUAUGGGUUUCUGUUUCUUUAACAAUGUAGCUGUUGCCGCAAGGGAAGUACAAAGGAGAGAUCUAGCGAAGAAGGUUUUGAUUUUGGAUUGGGAUGUCCACCAUGGAAACGGAACACAAAGAGCUUUCUGGGAUGAUCCGAAUGUUCUAUACGUCUCAUUGCAUAGACAUGACGGAGGUCGAUUCUACCCCACUAGUGAUUUUGGCGCAUUAGAUAUGGUUGGAUCAGGUGCAGGAGAAGGAACGUCGGUAAACAUUCCAUGGCCUGGACCUGGAUUCGGAGAUGCGGAUUACAUAUAUGCUUUCCAACGUAUAGUUAUGCCUAUAGCUUACGAAUUUGCACCGGAUCUCGUCAUCAUUUCUGCUGGAUUUGACGCUGCCGAUGGAGAUCAGUUGGGAGGAUGCCAUGUCACCCCAGCAGCAUACGGUCAUAUGACACAUAUGCUUUGUGCUUUAGCAGGAGGAAAGCUAGUGGUUGCAUUAGAGGGAGGAUACAAUCUCAAAGCUAUCUCUGAUUCUGCUCUUGCUGUUGCGCAAGUCCUUCUGGGUGAAACACCAGCUGAACUCGAAGCACACCAAGCCUCAGAAGUGGCGACUGAGGUGAUCUACCAGUGUGCUAAAGUGCAAUCAAAGUACUGGAAGAGUAUAGACGUCAAGGCUUGCGAACCACCAGAAGUGAAUGCUCUUGAAGAUGGAUCAUCACCUAUCACCAGCAUCCCGGAUCUUCUUAAGAUAUACCGAGCUCACCACAUGUAUGAGAAACAUCAACUGUAUCAAAUACCCUUGGCUAGCUCCGAACUCGAAACUGCUUUUGCAGGACAGGUAAUGUGCAGUGAGAACGUCUACGACAUGGGACCGGAAGGAGUAUUGGUGAUAUUUGUGCAUGACUUUGGGAAUCUUAGAGUGGAAACGGAUGGUGUUUCGACCACAAACGUGCACAUGGCAAACAGUUAUCUGAUUGAUACGAGCGAUGCUAUCAUUAACUGGGUGAAGAAAGAGGGCUAUAAUAUAAUCGAUGUAAACAUCCUAAAGCAGUUGCCGACAGCAUUUGCAUCUGAGGGUCCGAAGAUGGUUUCGAAAGCUGGUCCUCAGAUGGAAAGCCAGUUGAUCCGAUAUAUCUGGGAUAACUAUAUCGAGUUGUCAGAGGCAGAUAAUGUCGUUCUCAUAGGACAUGGAACAGGUUGCCAAACCAUCAUGGAUUUGGUCAACUGCAGAGAAGUGGAGAAGAAGGUUAAAGCUGUUGUACAAGUUGCCGGACUACAUUCCCUAGUCAGAGUGGAUCCUACAAAUGAAAAUAGACGUAUAUGGUUCAGAAAGUCUAACCAGGUGUACGUACCUUCGACACAUCCAGUCUUGGAAGAAGAAAGGAUUCAAAAGAGACUGGGAGGACAAGUUUUCACUUCUGAAAGAGCAAAAGUAGUAGAUGUACUGAAUGACGUCUUACCUCGUAUCAAGGAGUUCGUCUCCUCCAAAGUGCCCGAGACGCUCCCCGCAGUGAAUGGACACGCGAAUGGGCAUGCUCAUCUAAAUGGAGCAGGGGAGGAAGCAUCCAUCGCUCAUCCCAUAACUGCCUAG